UGCUUGCUCUCGCUGCUGACGCUCCUGCCGCUCACGCUGCCGCUGGCGACACCGGAAGAGGCGCGGUCCCACGACGAGGCUCGCAGCCUCGUGGCUCGCUUUCAUUCCUAUGGCGGUGGCGACUUCGAGUACCCCGACAAUGCCAACAUUCCGCUCGAGGGGCUCGGCCACGAAGAGUCGCUCCACGUCCGCGCAAGCAGCCAUGCCACAGGCAACGUGACGCACAGCCUGAUCACAGACCGCUUUCACAACAACGGCCAUCUGACUGUGCGGGGGAAGAUGGUGAUUCGUGACGGCGCGCACUUUGUCAACGAUGGCACACUCAAUGUAGAAGGUGUUGGGGAGCAUCGGCCGUCGGCUCUCGUGGCAGAGAGAGAGGGACAAGGAAUGGCAGGGUAA